UUUUCAAGUUGGUUGUUUUAAAACCCACAAUCGACUUUAUUCAAAUUUAAAUACUCAUAAUUCAUGUUCUAGUUUGCUGUGUACUAACAAUUUAGUUCAAAAGGUGGAUUUUUAUUAUUUCAAAUAAGGACAUUUCUGGAUCCUCUGGCUUUGUUGUAUUGAUACACACCUUCAAAAGUUUUAAAGGCUGAAAUUUCAUAGGCUUAUGUAACCAGAAGAAAACGUACAGUGUUUUUGGAUCGUUAACUAUGAGACAUUGAAUUACAUACACAAACAUUCAAAUUUGACAUCAAAAUGGCUGAGAAUGGAAAUCCUGAGUAUGUGUGUACACUGAGCCCAGAACUUAUGAAGAAAGCACAAGAAGAACUAAAUGAAAAACCAGAAUGGAGAAGUAGAGAUAUACAGGCUCUGAGGGAAAUGGUUCAAAAGGAAAAAGCUUUAAGAAUUCGCACAGAUGACGCUUAUCUAUUACGUUUCUUACGAGCCAAAAAAUUUGACUAUGAGAGAGCAUUUAAUCUGAUUAUGACACAUUUCAAAAUGAAAGUAGACAAUGCAGAACUAUUUGAGGGGCUGCGUCCUGCUGCUGUCAAACAUGUUUUAGAGGCUGGUGUUACUGGAGUUCUUCCUCAAAGAGACAAGCUGGGACGAAGGGUGAUUAUAUUUAGGCCAGGUAAAUGGAAUCCUUCAAAUUUUGGUAUUAAUGAUAUAUUCAGAACCAAUUUCCUGACUAUGUCAAGACUGAUAGAGGAUGAAGAAACCCAGAUUAAUGGUAUUAUAAUGGUUAUGGAUUUAGACGGAUUUGGAUGGACUCAUGGAAAAAAUAUUUCACCGCUGUAUGCUCGUAGAAUCAUGGGUUUAAUUCAGGAUGCAUUUCCAGCCAGAUUUAAAGGUAUACAUUACUUCAAUGAACCAGCCAUCUUUGACUAUGUGUUUGCUAUAGUUAAACAGUUCAUGAAGGAGAAAACAGUUUCUAGGCUACAUUUCCAUGGUAAAAAAUUUGAGGAACUGAAAGAAUUUAUUGAUGAAGAGUAUAUUCCUGAAGACUUUGGAGGGAAAGGUCCAAAAUAUACCAAUAAGGAAUGGAUGGACGAACUGUUAAAGCUUGAUGCACACUUUGACAAUGAAGCAAAAUACGGACUGGUAGAUGGCACGUUAAAGAAACCCACGAUGAAGGAAGACGCUAUAGACUGUAUGGUGGGAUCCUACAGGAAGUUAGAUGUUUAAAACUGACAGUUUUGUCAUCGAAUGUAUUUUGUCUUGUUUUUUUCUGAUAAAGACGUUAUCUCCCUUAGCAGAUGUUCUUACCAUAAUCUCUCUGUUCGGACAUGGAUAUGUCUUUAAAUUCAGUGAAAGACUGACCAUGACUUACUAUCUCAUUGUUCAGUUAUUUAGGACCACUCCCAGAUUUUUAAGAAAAUCAUGUUGUGUGUACGUUUAUAAGAUUAUGAAAAUUCGAUUAUUUUUUAACAUGAUAGAACUGGUGAACAGAAAAUUUUGCAUAUCUAAUAAUUGUCUUUGGGUUUUAAAUAUCAUGAUUUCGAAAAAUCAUGAUUUCUAUGGUAAUCUAUACAUCAUUAUCAUUAGAAAAUCGAUAGGACAUCUUGGACUGUCAUAUGUUUAUUGAAGAGAAAAGUUGUUCUUUUUGGCCUAAGGGCAUAUUUAUGAGUUUUACCAAUCAGACUUUGCCUAUUUCAAGCCUUGUAAUUUUUGUAAAAACUUUUCCCUAAAAACACAACUUGAGUGAUAUGAAAAUUUACAUAAACGAAGUCUUCUAAAGUUAAGAAAAAAACCAAAGAAAGUUUCCAUAAAUUAAGUUUGUUAAUAACUACAGACAGAGAGACCCCAAAACUUCCCAACAAAUAAGCCCUGCUAAGGUAGAUUACUUCGAAAUUGGAGAAAGAUAACUGUAAAAAUUUAUAUGGGCUGUUCUGUAUUGUCAGAGAUUUAUACGUGUUUAUCUAAAUACAAUAGUGAUUGUUUUAAGCUAUUUUAAAGACAUUUAUUUGUAUAUUUUUUACAAAAAGGAGAAAGUUGUGGUAAAUUGAUAUAUAUUGCAUGACUUUUACAGAAUCAAAAAUGGUCUGUUUAUGCAGUGUUUUCAUGCAUAAAUCACACCUUUCAGAUGAUAAAAUGUUGUAUCUCAGGUCUGUUUCAUAUCAAAGCAUGUAAGGUUACCAUAAGGGGAUGAUCUAUUCAGUUAUAUAACUGACUUUAGAUAGUUUCCUUUUAGAAUGUAUUUCAAAAGUAACUGGACUUUUUAAAAGUUGUCAGAAAAUGGCACUAUAUGAAGGAUGUAGCGGUAUUUUCAGAUUUUCAGUUAAUUUUAUUCCAAAGCUGAGUCAUACCUAAACCAUGUGAAUACACUUUUGUAUUGCUGCUUUGCUAUAUGGUAUCAAGUCUUCACCCCCAGGAUAAAUACAUAUAUAAAUAGAUAUGGGAAUCCACCUAUUUAAAACUUUAACCUCAUACUGUAAAGUUAAUGCAAUGUUUUUGUACAUUAAAAACACAACGAUGAACUUUGUUACAAUGAAGAAUUGUAUUUUAAUUCUUUAUGGUAAUAUUUGGGUGAAUCUUUUAUAAAGAUACAAUUUUGUCAUUUAAUUUAGUUAAUCUACAUUAUUUUCCAUUGUCUUAUUAUAGGAUUUAGGCAUGAAAUUGUCAAUUUGCAGUAUGUUUAAAUAAACAGUUUUGUAAUUAGAAUGUUGUAGUUUUAAGCUGAAUUAAACCUAAUGUAUGUACUAAUAUUUGGAAAUGAGGACAGAAAUCUUGUUUUAUACAAGUAAAAUGAAUUGUCAUUUGAAAUAUUUGUUUAAGUUUUGGAACUAUUAACUCUGUUUAUAGAAUCUCUUGAUAGUUUAUUUUUCCUUUAAAGCAUAUUUUUUUAUUCAAUUAUUUUUACUUAUGUAGAAAAUGAUGGAUUAAACCUGGUUUUAUAGCUAUCUUAACCUCUCAUAUAAAAUUCCAUUAUAUUGAUAACAAUGUGUGAACAAAACAAACAGACAUAAUAGGCAAAAAUGUCAAAAAUUGGGGUACAGCAGUCAACAUUGUGUUAUAAUCUUAAUCACUGUAAAAACUAACAAGCUAGCAUGUUUUAAUUGUAUUGUUUUACAAAAUUAGCUUGUUCAAAAGAUAAGCAAUAAUUUCCCUAAAACACUUGGGUACAAAGGGAGAUAAUUUUAAUCUGUUAGGGAAAGAUAACUCACUUACGUUUGUGUUUUAGGGUUUUUUGCAUGUAUAGUCAUAAAAAGUAACCAAUUAUAUUUGCCUAAUUGCAUUGUGGCUCAAAUCAAAUGUAAAACAUGUUAGAAAUUAGCUUUUUGGUAUGUUAUUGAAAGCUGAUGCAAAUGUUUUUGUUAAUUUGUUAACUAUUUUCAUACAAAAUAAAAGUUUUUGACUUUGA